GUUUCAGAUUUAUUAACAAAAAGUAACUUCAUAAUAUAAUGGGAGCGGCAACAUCUGGAUUGCAAUCGCAAAUGCAGCAAGAGCAUGAUCCAAAUGCUGCUUUUCCUUGGUGGGUACGUUUUCUAGCGAAAGCACUUGGAGUACUUGGUGGAUUUGUCGCUAUCUUCUUCGCUGUACUUGGGUUACUUUCAUUCUCCGCAACCUGUAUCAUUGCCGUUCUACUACAGCUAGCAUUUGGUAUACUAACGGUGGCAUUAGAGGCUCCGUUUUGUUGUAUGUUUAUCGAUUUCAUUGAAAAAAUUGCGAUGUUUUCGGAAUCACGAAAAUACUGGCAGAAAGCAGCUCUUUAUUGCAUCAUAGGCGUGCUGCCAAUAUUGUUGUGCACUGAGCUAAAUACAGUACUUGGUAGUGGAAUGAUUUUUGCAUCGGGCACAGUUUAUGGUUUCUUAGCUUUGGGCAAAAAAGCAGACUUAUCAUCGAUGGGCAGCACUACAGAUCCAGCAUGGAAUGCUAAUGUCAACCAACAGCAGACACCGGCAUCCUUUGGAAAUCCGUCUGUAGCCUAAUUUGAUGUGUAUUUGAAAACUGAUCUCAGUCUUAUUACAUUCAGCAAUUUUUUAUUUUCUUUAGAGAAUACAGCCACUUAUUUUCCUGUUCUUUUAAUCUAAAGUGCUGGGAAGAAAAGUAUAAAAAUUUCUCCUUCCAUCAUGGUAUAUAAAA